CAGCUCCUGUAGCCCCGCCCCCAGCUUUAUUGCUAUGCUGGCUGUGGGAGGGAGGGACCUGGCCGGCUGCAGCGGUCCGAGCACAGGUCCGAGGGUCGCUGCAGGUCACCCCUUACCACAAAGCAUGAGUCCUGCUUGGAGACCUGGUCCUUUGCUGCGCUAAUAGACAGGAAGGAGCUGCUCGUUCAGAGAGCCCGAGUGGUUGAUCGGCCACAUGGAGAGCCCCUCAGUCAGAACCAAUAACCUGUCUGUCAGCGUCCCCAAAGAUGUUCACAGUAUUAUUGAGGGGAUCGUCUCCUCUUUUUCCCCUACUCUGGACUUGAGCAAAAGAGGCCUUGAACAUCUAAGUGAAGAAAUCUUCAAAAUCUCUCAUCUGAAACAAUUGCAUCUCCAAAGAAAUGAACUCAGCAUAAUUCCUAAAGAUUUCUUUCAGCUCCUGCCAAAUCUUGUUUGGCUGGAUCUCCGGCACAAUAAAAUUAAAGCUAUUCCUUCUGGAAUUGGAUCUCACAAGAACCUGAAGACUUUGCUUAUGGAAAAGAACCCCAUAAAAGCACUGCCCGUGGAGCUGGGAAACUUGAUGUCCCUGAAAGCCCUGAACCUGAGGAGCUGCCCUCUGGAGUUCCCUCCUCCCCACGUCAUCCACAAGGGCCUGCCCGCCAUCCUGGCCUUCCUCCGCACGUGGGCCCUGGAGCACCCGGUCUCCCUGCUGCAGCAAGAAGCCGCCCCCAUGCAAAGGGCGAACUCUCUGAAAGAGCUCUCCAGGGCCCGGUCGGAGGCCGAGCCGCCGGCCUCGGCCGGGGAGGACGCCCAGGGGAAGGACUGCCACUUCCCCCUCGUGGAGAGACUGAACCUGGCCGAGGUCAUGGAGUCCAGUCCCGAUCUCUCGGAGGACGUGUCCAGCGAGGAGGGGAUGAAGCAGUUCUGGCAACUGAGGCAGGAGAUCGUGGCCAACGAGAAGGCCGACAUCCUCUCCAGCCAGCUGCUGCCGGCCCAGCUGCCCCUAGAGGUGCAGAGCCGCGCCAAGGAGCACCUCCACAAACCCAAGUACAGCUUCAGGCCGCCACUGAAAAAGCCGUACAAUUCUAAAAAGAAAACCCCUCCCUUCAAGAGCAUAUUUCCUGAAAUCCCAUCCUACGAGACACAGAUUCAGAUCAAGAAAGACGAAGAGAAACACUUGGCCGCCCUCAAGGAGCUAAAGGAGAAGCAGGCGUUGAUAGAGCAACGGAAAAGGUCUCCUCUGACUACAUCUCCACGUGCCCCCCCAGCAGAGAAAACAGUGCUCCAGAAAUGGCGACAGCGACCCAAAGGAACAAAGAAAAAGGAGGACACGCGCCGUCUGCCAAAGGACAUGGUACGUUCCCGGGUCUGAGGAGUUCUGGUCACUAGGGGGAGAAGAAAAGACCAUGGGGUCCUGGGGAAGCCGCCUACUGGAUCCCUGCUUUCCCCAAGAAGUGGCUCCGGGGGAGCCGACCCGCUUGUCCCCCUAGGCCCCAGUGUUCCUGUCCGGGGCAGCGGGGGGGCUAGACCUCGCACAAUCGGGAGGAAACUCGGUUCAUCCGGACGCACCACUCAUUGGCGUUCAUAAGGACGGCUGCAAAAGCCACAGAGCUGGGAGCUUCGUUGCUAACAUAGAGUAUGCAAGGAUUAAAAAACAGGAUGGAGGGGGUGAAAGUCCUGGUUUCCGACUGCGGCGGAAGGGCGGAGGGAUGUGCUUGUGUGGGAGGACAGAGAUUGGGCCAGCUCCAAAACCGUGGAGUUGGAGACUUCACAAAGUUGGGGGCAAAAGACAAAGUGGAGUCAUUAAUGCGGAUCCUUAACGGACCUUCUCCCAGAGCGCCCAUUCAAACACUUGGUCUGUUUAGAUUUUGGAUGGAUCGGCAGUCUGUCGUAAGGGACAUGGGGGCGGGGGAGGAGAGGCCAAAAGUGGAAGCCAAGUGUCAAUGUGAUGAGAGAGAGCACCUUGAACACUCCCCCUCUGCUCUGUCCCUCUCUAAGUCGGGCUCCCGAGGGCUCACAGCCCCAUCAGAGAGGGCAGAUUUACGUGUCAUCGGGCAAACAAAUGACAAAAAGGCACAGUAAUUAACACAGUAAUAAUCGUCGGUAUUAAAUAAGUAAAACCGUC